AUGGCCAAGGCAUUCCUCAAGCACUAUCAAUACAACACUGAUAUGGCACCUAAUCGCACGCAGUUGCAAAAUCUGACUCAGAGGUCUGAGGAGUCCUUCAAAGAGUAUGCCCAAUGGUGGAGGGAAUUAGCUUCUAGGGUACAACCCCCAUUGCUAGAAAGAGAACUGGUAGACAUGUUUAUGGAAAACUUACAAGGUACAUACCUUGAUAGAAUGGUAGGGAGCACCUCUUCAGGCUUUUCUGACCUGGUCUUAGCCGGUGAAAGGAUAGAAAAUAUGGUUAAAAUGGGAAAGAUCCAGAACUCUACCAGUACUUCUAGUGCAUCGAAGAAACCUUUUGUUCCCUAUGGUAAAAAACGAGAAGGCGAGACCAAUGCUGCCUCCAUCAUUCAAACAAGAAAUCCCACUUAUCCACAAGUAGCUGCCAUAGCUCCCGUCCAACUAAGUCAACAACAACCAUUUGCAAUUCCUGUUCAAACUCAACAACAACAACGGGAGUUAGGACCCCCACCAACGGUUCUUCCUCCCGGUUAUGAUGCAAAUGCCCGCUGUGAAUUUCAUUCUGGCGCUCUUGGGCAUUCGAUUGAGAAUUGUAAAGCAUUAAAGUACAAGGUUCAAGAUCUUAUUGAUUCUAAGACAAUCACGUUCGCCCCCAAGGGGCCGAAUGUAAAUAAUAACCCGAUGCCCCCUCACAACAAUGGAUCAACGAAUAUGAUGGAGGCUGACAAUGGAAGGAGAUUGAUGUCCUAUGUGGACGAGUUAAAAACACCACUCAUCGAGAUCAAGAAUGCUUUAAUGAAGAAUAAUACCUUUCCCAUCUGUGGUAAUGACUGUGAACAUUGUCUGAUUAACCCGCAACAAUGUAGAACAUUGAAGUCUGUCAUACAACAAUUAAUGAACCAAGGGAUCUUGGUGGUAGACUGCCCGUCCACAAAGGAAGAUGUGUCUACCCUCGAGAUACCAUACGACGAAGUCCCUCCUCUGCAAAUUCCAUAUGACUUCUCUCAGUUAACUCUGUCGACAAAUCCUGUUACUCCAAUUGUAAUAACAGUUCCCACACCAUUCCCAUACGUUGACACCAAGGCAGUCCCAUGGAUGUAUGACACCUCAGUCUACAUUCAUGGUCAGAAGGUACAAGAAGAACCGUUGAAGUCUAGUGGCCCAAUGAUCAAUAUCAUCGGCACUAGCUGA